UCAGCGUCGGUGUCAGUACCAUGACAACAGCAGGUCGAGUGUGAGAAGCUGAGAUGUCUUGAGCUGUCUUGUUUUACCACACAUUACUGGAGAAAAUAUCACUGCAUUCAAGGAUGUCUUUAUUUAAGGCUCGUGAUUGGUGGGCAUCAGUGCUGGGUGAGGGUGAGGAGUUUGACCAGGGGUGUCUGUGUGUUGGGGAUGUGGAUAACAGUGGAAGUGGAUAUGAUAAGAUUGUAGUGGGCAGUUUUAUGGGGAUGUUACGCAUCUUCUCACCACACCCUGCUAAACCAGAUGAGCAGACGGAAGCUGAUGCCCAACUGCUGGAGGUUCAAUUGCCUGAUCCCAUCAUUCAAGUGGAGAUGGGCGAGUUUGUCUCUUGUUCAGAGUUGCUCCAUCUGGCAGUGCUUCACCCCAGGAAGCUGUCUGUCUAUGCUGUGUCAGGUACUGCUGGGAAUGUUGAACAUGGUGACCAGUAUCAGCUGCGACUGGUGUAUGAACACAGCUUACAGAGAACAGCUUGCAACAUGACGUAUGGUCCCUUUGGGGGUGUCACAGGUCAUCAUUUCAUCUGUAUCCAGUCCAUGGAUGGGAUGCUGAUGUUUUUUGAGCAGGAGACUUAUGCUUUUGGUCGCUUCCUGCCAGGCUUCUUGUUGCCCGGCCCUCUGAGCUACUGCAUCCGCACUGACUCCUUCAUCACGGUCUCCUCCACCCGGCAGGUGGAGUGCUACAGGUAUGAGACACUGGCUGUAGCCACAGAUGCAGACACCAGACAAGACUCUGAUCAGCAGAGCAAGAGCUCAGGGAAGAGACUGACGGCUGACUGGACACUGGUGUUAGGAGAAGAGGCUCUAGAUAUCUGUGUUCCCAGCACAUCUUCAGCGAUGUCCUCCAUCUUUGUGCUGGGGGAGAGAAAUUUCUUUUGUCUCAAGGAUAAUGGUCAGAUCCGCUUCAUGAAGAAAUUGGAGUUCAACCCCAGCUGUUUCUUGCCCUACGGAUCAGUUUCUGAGGGUUCCACCAACAUCCUGAUGUGUAACCAUAACAACAUGCUGCUGGUGUACCAGGAUUUGACGCUGAAGUGGGCGUCCCAGCUGUCCUGUGUGCCUGUGGCUGUACGUGUCGCUAACUUCCCGGAGCUGAAGGGGUUGGUGGUGACUCUGAGCUCUGAUGGUCAUCUCCAGUGCUCUUACAUGGGCACUGACCCCUCCUUCUUCACUGCACCUAAAGUGGAUGCCCGAGAGGUCAACUAUGAUGAGGUUGACACAGAGAUGAAAAUGCUGCAAAAGGUUAUUCGCGAGGCUACCAAAACCCAAGACAUUCUCCCGAGGGCAGAGACUGAGGAAGAGCUCACUCUGACGGCCAUAGUCUCAUCUCACCUGGAUGAAGUCUCGUGUGCUGUCAUACCUGAGAUGAACGGCAUGCCUGUCCCCUCUGUCACAGUCAAAGUUAAAAUAAAGAAUCGUGGUGCAGUGCACAGCCCAAAGAUGACGGUGUGUGUUCAGCCUCCUCUGGGAGUCACGCAGGACCAGUUUGUGUUGGACUCCAUAGGCAGUGGCUGUGAGUUAGUAGUGAGAUUCUCAGUGUUUCUGAACGGCCACUAUCCUCCAGCGGAUUUGUGUGGAGAUAUCGCCGUGUCCUACAGAUCAGCUACAGAGCUCAACCCUGCAGGAAUCCCUCGAGUAUCUCAGUGUAAAUUCAACCUGCCUCUUCGGUUAGUGUGCUACCCCUCCUCAGCUAUCAAAAAUGCCAAGUACAAGAUCACUGUGGACACCAACAAACCUCCUGUCAACCUCAGUGAAGUCUUCCCAGAUUUCUCUGAGAAGUCAGAAAAUAAUGACAGCAGUGCUUUGGGCUUCCAACUCAUCACAGGCUCCAGGGUCAUUGUCCUUGCCUCCAAAACGUCCCAGCGUUACAGGAUCCAGAGCGAGAGCUUUGAGGAUAUUUGGCUGGUAGUCAAGGAGCUGGUGCAGCGUUUCGACCGGCACUUUGCCUCCCUUGGAGUCAAAGACUUUCGGAACAGCUUCACUGGACCAAUUCCACUGCCUGAGUUCUUUGAGAAAGUGGACCACCACUUUGAGCUCCGUGUGAAUGCGCAGAAGUAUCAGGAUUUGCUGUCGGAGAGAGCAGUUCAGUUCAGGGCCAUCCAGCGCCGUCUACUGACCCGCUUUAAAGACAAAACCCCAGGACCACUUCAAAACCUGGACACACUGAUGGAGGGAACCUACCGCCAAGUUAUAGCAUUAGCAGAUGCAGCAGAAGACAACCGGGAGCGUUUGAUCCAAGCUUUUACACGUUUGCGGAGCGCCACUCACCUCCUCAUCCUACUGUUGUCUCUGUGGCAGGGGCUCAGCUCAGAGCAGACUGCCAUCCUGGAGGCCACGCUCCUACCACUGCUGCAGGACACACCGCAACUUGGCUGGGAGGAGAGUGUUGAUGCAGCCGUCUCCCACCUCUUAAAAACGUGUCUGUCACGCAGCCCCAAAGAUCAGGCCAUCAGCUUGAGCAUCGGCCCGCUAACCAUCCCAAAAGACACGUCACGCCUGAAGAAACACAUCACGCUGCUUUGUGACCGCUUGGGCAAGGGUGGCCGUCUCUCUCUCUCCUCAGAAGCCAAUGUCCCUACAACAAUCAUGAUGCCAGUUGGUUGUGAGUCCAUCCCUGAACCGAUAGUUGAGCAGGAGGAGGAACCACCACUGGAGCAGGACUCCGCCAAGUACAUUAAAAAGAAACAGCCAUCCAAGAGAAUCAAGAGCAAGUCAGGUACGGAGGCUAGCUGUGAAAACGAGGGAGAAGUGUUACACAUCCCCAACAUCACAGACAACCCCUGCAUCUCCUGCGUCUGUCUGAAUCAGAAAGCAGACUGCAAGCAGGAGAAGUGUUCACCGCUGGCAGAGGACUGUGCGCUGGUGGUCAAACAGACAGGAGCCUGCUGUGAAAGAUGCAAAGGUUGUCAGCUAAAAGGGACGUCCUACAACAGUUCCCAUCACUGGAUCAGCCCUGUGAAACCCUGUGUCACAUACAGCUGUCAGGAAGGUGUCAUCACUGAAGCAGAAAUGAGGUGUGUCAUUCACUGUAAGAAUCCCAAAAUCCAUCCAACUAAAUGCUGCCCGACUUGCCCAGGGUGUAUUUUCGAGGGGAAUUUAUAUAAAGAAGACGAAGAAUUUCAUCCUGAAGGGAAUCCCUGUAUUAAAUGCAUCUGCACUGGAGGGCAAAGCAUGUGUCAUAAAUUGGUGUGUCCUGUUCUGUCCUGCCCAUCUCAUCUCACCCACACUCCACCUGGCCAGUGCUGUCCUAGAUGUCGUGGUCAAAGGAGGGUGUUUGACUUGUCGCCUGGCAGCUGUCUGUUCCACAGUGAGGUCUACGAGAACGGUACAUCCAUCAGCCAUGACAACUGCACCACCUGCACAUGUGUGGACUCUACGGUGCAGUGCAGGAAGAGAUGCUCACCGCCUGGCAGCUGUCAUGGCAGUGCGUGCUGUGAAGAGUGCCAGUCUCAUCUGAAGAUGGAAGAUGUGAAGUACUGCAGGGUGAAGAGCAAAAUCUAUAGAGAUGGUGACAGAUGGUCGUCUGCUAACUGUUCUCUGUGCACCUGUGUUAAGGGGAAUAUUGAAUGUCAGCCUAAGAUUUGUGUUCCUAUUACCAGCUGUCCCUCAAACAAGAUAUUGAAUCGAACUGGAUGCUGUCCUGUUUGCACUGAUAAGCCAGGUGUGUGUACCGUAUUUGGAGACCCUCACUAUAACACUUUUGACGGCCGCACCUUUAACUUCCAGGGCACGUGUAAAUACGUGCUCACUAAGGACUGCUCCCCAGCGGCCAGUUUCACCGUGCUGGUGAAGAACGAUGCCCGUCGCACACGCUCCUUCUCGUGGACCAAAUCAGUGGAGCUGCACACUUCAGGUCUGAGCAUCAGCCUCCACCAACACCUGACCGUCCGUCAAAAUGGCACACGCAUCGCUCUUCCCUUCCAUAGCACAGGGGUCCACAUUGACCUGGAUGGAUACCUGCUCAAACUCACCACCAUCGCAGGACUGGAGAUCACAUGGGACGGGGACAGUCUGGUGGAGGUAGUCGCAGCACCCCAUCUGAAGGGGCAGCUCUGUGGGCUGUGUGGAAACUACAACGGUCAAAGGCGGGACGACUCUCUAGGAGGAGACGGCCAGAUUAAGUUUGACGUGGAUGAAUUCGCGGAGUCUUGGCGUGUGGAGGACAAUGAGGUGUGUCAGGCACCGAACCGCAGGCCCACGUCCUUCCUCUGUCCCGGCACAGUCAAAGUAAAGCUUUGUGCACACAGAACGUGCCAAAAACUCAAGUCCUGGGAGUUUCAGAAGUGCCAUUCUGCUGUAGACUUUACCUCUUUCUACAAGUCAUGUGUAACAGACAUGUGUGAGUGUCCAGUGCAUAAAAACUGUUACUGCGAGUCGUUUAUAGCAUACAGUCGAGCGUGUGAGAGAGAGGGCAUUCGAGUGCACUGGAGACCGGAGCUCCCCUGCAUGAGCACACACUGCAAACAUGGUGCAGUUUAUGACACAUGUGGACCUGGCUGCACUAAAACCUGCAAUAACUGGAACGAAAUCGGACCCUGUCAAAGGCCCUGUGUCGCUGGCUGCCACUGUCCGGCCAGCCUGGUCCUGUUUGAGGGCCACUGCGUUAAACCUACAUCCUGCCCCGUGCGAUGACCCACAGGACUAUAAACGCAACGGGCUGCAAGAGAUCCAAACACAGAGGCAAAAAGAGCACUGUGUAUGCAAUUUUGCAAACAGUACUGUACGAUACUCAAGAUACUGAGAGAGACACACACUGCGCCUUUGCCCUGCUUCCUUCAGCAGUGAGACUCACCAGUAGCUUUGAAGUAAGUAAGCUUCUCUGUGGGGACUCAGGAUCUCUCUGCUCGCUCUAUGGAUUUCUCAUAGGUGGCGAAUACCAAAUCCUAAGUGCCUUACUGAAGUCUGGAAUGAACUCAGUGUUACCAAAUUCCUGAUGCUUCGAACAAAAAGGACCUGAACUGGACAUUCUGAGUUAAGUGUGGGGUAUAUGGCGUAUAUAAACUAUAGUAUUAUCCAUUUAUUGGGUCAGCCAGUAUUUAAUACACAAUUUAUUUACCGAAAGGGAAACUAUUUAUGUAUUUGUUGUUUAUUUUGUAAGUCGGGGACUCAGAUGUGACUGUUAUAGCAUUAAAGAGAAGUGUACUGUAUUUGUCCAGCCAAGAGUUCAUACACUGAUGUGUGUAUGUGUUAUUCUAACUGUACAUUUCAUUUGACCCAUUAAGAUACUAUAUAUUACCAGUAUAAAGCUUACAGUAUAUACUUUCAAAGAAAACAUGUUUAAACGUUUUCUCAUCAGGAAGUGCAGUGUGACGUUUGUGCACACAACUCAGGUUCGCAGAUGUCUCGUGUUGAUUCAGGACUGGGUAUAUAGACUCGUAGGGACUGUAAAUUGAAUUUUUUUUUACAAUACUAACCUGAGUGUUAAUAGAAUGACUUUGCACCUAUGGUAUAGAAUGACUUUGCACCCCCGCUACUUACAUAAAAAUGGACUUGUAGGGACUGUACAUUGAUAAAACUUUUACAAUACUAACCUGAGUGUUAAUAGUGUUGAGUGUUCAAGUCCUGUAGUUCAGUCGUGAUCAUACAAGUGUUAUUGUUUGAGCUACAUUAAAUCCGACUAAACACACAUGGGCACAGCCCUAAAAGAAAACAACAUUCUUUCCACAACUCUGAAAGACAUCUGAGAGAAUGAGAGUUAUCGAUCAAUGUA